GUGAAUUUGGUUUCCCCGUUGACUUUGUCAGAAGGUCGCAAAAGCGGAUCACAUGGCCCCGGGACACUGCGACCGUCAUAAAUGUGAGUCCGUUAUCAACCAUCCGAAUCUCAAUCACGUGAUCAUGGGGAUGCUGCAACAGUCGUGUGAAAAAUAGUCAUGUCACUUUUUUCAGUGCCGUUGAAACUUUGGUCACUAAGCAAUCUUCAUAAGUCAAGCACUACCUGUUAUCCAUGGCAGCUCCAUACAGAUCCUCCAUAUGUGGCAGCAGUCUAUCUGCAGAGGCCAAAUGGCUGGGACAUGCAGAAGGAAGAUCAGGCACGCAUGUUUUUUUUUUUUUUUUGAGAGGAGAAUAUUGGGUUUUUUUCCAUUUUUUUUUUCAUCUGACAUUUAUGAUGAUCUGUGUACAGACAAUAAAGGACAUGAAAUGAACAUCACUUGGACAUAGUGAGUGUGCUCCAUACCUGCCAGUUCUGGCUCUCCUUCUUGCAAACUUUUUUUUUUUUUGAACUUCCCAGGAACAUUUUUCAAGUCAUCACUUUGCAUUUAUCAAGCUUUUAAAAAGUCCCAUUCACACUUGGAAGCCAAGGAAAAGAAAGUAAGGGCAUGAGCCAGGAGGAAGGCAUCACCGGGGUCUACCGAGCAUGCGUCGGCCAUCGCGCAUGCUCAGUCACUACCAACGCCACAAAGUGGCGAUUUCACGACGAGGGACCGCUGCACGGCGAGUGACAAAAAACGUAAACGGCGCUGCGCUUUGGGGGGAUUCCGGCUUGGCGUCGUCAUGGCUCGGGACGUGAAGAGCAAACUAUCCAAGAAUCUUCUCCGCAUGAAGUUCAUGCAAAGGGGCUUGGAUUCAGAAACCAAAAAGCAACUUGAGGAAGAGGAGAAGAAAAUAAUCAGUGAAGAACAUUGGUUUCUGGAUCGACCAGAACUGAAAGAAAAAGAGAGUCUCAUCAGAGAGGAAAGAAGCUUCGUGAUGUGUGAAGAUCUUCUGUAUGGUAGAAUGUCCUUCAAAGGGUUCAAUCCUGAAGUCGAGAAGUUAAUGGUCCAGAUGAACUCGAGGUACAAGACAGAAGAUCCCGCAGAGGAAAAGAAUGCAAAGGAAGCUGAUGUAUCGGAUGAGGAAAUGGCUAGAAGGUACGACACGUUAGUGGGAACCAUUGGGAAGAAAUUUUUGAAGAAAAGAGACCGCCACGUUCUGCAAGAUCCUACGGAGGUGGAAAGCACUAACAGGAGGCCCAGCAAAGUGAGGAAAGAGUUUUUAAAACCCCAGGAUUAAUGUCGGAAAAUGUGUUUGUGUUCCUACAAGGAACAGAAACGUAGAAUGCCAUUUAUGUUUUGAUAAAUCGCUGACUCUCCGGGAAUGGACUGGUCCUUCCCCCCCCCCCGAUACCUAAUGGAUGUUAUACAUACAUCCUCUUUUCCUUUGCGCAUGAACUUUUGAGGAGCACAAAAGCAGAUGUAAGCGGAUGCCGGUAAAUAGUAGGGAAAUAGUUCCUUUUUAAGAAACAGAAUUCCAGAACUGGUUUUAUCUGCUUCCUCGUGAGAAAUGCGUUCCUAAGGGGCAUUCCUUUUUAAUUUCGGAAGAUGUCUCCAGGUGCCUUAACAUUAUUUUUGUUGAGGACAACAGGGCUCCCCAAAAGAAGAGAGUUAACGCAAGGAAAGAAAUGCACCUUUUUGCUGUAGCCUCUUUUCAGGGUGGGGAAAAAAAAUCCUUCAUCGGUUCUUCUAAUGUAUCGGCCAAACAGGCCUUUUAUCACUUAGAAAUAAAUAAUAAUUAUAUUCCAUUGCAA